AUGGACGAGGUGGCCAACACGAUCGAUGUUGCGGGCGCUAUGGUCCUGAUGAACUCAUCCGGGCAGCAACACGAUUUCAAGUGGACGCACGAGCGCUGCAUGCUGCUGCUGCACGAGUACGACUUGCUGAAAGAGAAGUUUAAGGAUCGCAAGCACAAGAAGAAGGACCUGUGGGCGGAGAUCAGCAUCAAGUUUAAAAAGAUCUACGCGUACGAUCUCGAGUGGGACGUUGCGUACAAAAAGUUCCGCAAUCUGAAGCAAACGUUUGAACAGGUGAGAGCAAAACUGCACCAGCAAGCGAUAACCGGACAGAUCACCAAUCGCCCCAAAUGGCCUUACUACGAAAAGUUCGUGCAGAUUUUAGACGAUUCCUCAAUUGUCUCGUACAGCUUCACCGAUCGGCGAUCCUCCCACGAACAGAUGGAGGAACAAGAUUCUCAACAGCAUUCUCAACACCAACAUCAGCUCGAUCCAGGAACCGUCGGGCAGGUGCUGGGUGUAGAAGAUUUCUCCGACGCGCUCGUGUCGGUAUUCCCGAUGGGUGAAGAGCUUGAAAUUCCCGCCCAUGCGGACGAGGACUGCGUGGAGGAGGCAAAAAUCGAGCCGGUAGAACUGGGCACUGGUGUUGAGGACGACGAAGACGAAGAGGAAACAGUUGAGCUGGAACCCCCACACCGGAAGCGCUUUCGAAGACGGGUGAGCUACCAACAGGAGCGCCUCGAGAUCGAACGGGAAAAGCUGGACACGCUGCGCGAGAUCCGGCGCGGCAUCGAGUGCAAGAACGACAUCUUACGCGGCAUACUCCACGUGCUGCAGUCGAGGGUGUGGCAGGCGCACCCGGUGCAGAACUGA